AUGGAAAUUCUUGUGUUUGCAUUGCAGAAAACUGGCGCAAGGAUCAAGAUUUACUCAAACUGUUGUCCCCACAGCACUGAUCGUGUCAUCAGCAUUUGCGGAAAGUCUGCAACAUGUAUGGAUUGUAUCAGAGAAUUGGUUGCCACCAUAAAAACUUCACCGUUGAAGGGUAUAAAUAACCCGUAUGAUCCGCACAACUAUGAUGAUUACUAUGCCGACGAGUAUGGUGGUUAUGGAAAUGGAGACGGUCAAGGUAAACCUGGAUUCCCAGGCGGACGUGGAGGAGGUGGUGGCGGAGGCGGUGGUGGUGGUGGUGGCGGCGGCGGCGGGGGUGGUGGCGGUGGAAUGCCACCCCGUCGUGAUAACCGAGGUGGCGGCCCACCAGAUAUGAAUCGUGGAUUCCCUCCACCACCCCGCGGAGGACCUCGCGGAGGCGGGGGUAGUAUGUCCGGACCACCCGAUCGCGGAUACGGCGGUAACGCUCGAGGUGGAGGUUACGAAGGCGGUAGAGGAGGUGGUGGCGGCGGUGGAGGAGGCGGAGGUGGCGGCUACGGCGGAAACCGGGGUGGCCCACCGCCUUUCGGUGGAGGAAAUUACAACGAUAACGGAUGGGGAAUGCAAGGAAACGCUCCCAACGGACUCGGUGGAAGCGGUGGCGGUGGUGGUAGUGGUGGUGGCGGCGGCGGCGGCGGUGGUAACUCUGGUAUGGGUGGCCCUCCGAUGGGCGGAAAUAACCAGGGUAACCAAGGUAAUAUGGGUGGAAAUAAAACCAGUACCCAGGUUACCAUUCCGAAAGAUCUUGCAGGAGCUAUAAUUGGAAAAGGUGGUGCGCGAAUCAGAAAAAUACGAUCAGACAGUGGAGCUUCCAUCACAAUAGAUUUACCAUUACCCGGUAGCAAUGAUCGUAUAAUAACAAUAUCUGGAUUACCAAAUCAAAUACAGAUGGCCCAGUAUCUGCUGCAACAAAGGUAA